AUGUCGGUAUCGCAUUCCCUCCACCUCCGCCUCUUCGCCCCUCCUCCCACCGUCAUUCCCACCCACGCACCUCUUCCCCCUCCCACGCUGCUCCUCCCCCGCCACCGCCGCCUCCCCUCCCUCCGCUCCUCCUCCUCCCCUGAAAUCCUUGUCUCCGACAACAACGGCGUCCCUGCCCCGCCCUCCGAUCCAAGCUCCAUCGAGGUGGACGCCGUGACGGCGGCGGAGCUGAAGGAGAACGGGUUCCGCAGCACGCGGAGGACGAAGCUGGUGUGCACGGUGGGCCCCUCCACGUGCGGGUUCGAGCAGCUGGAGGCCCUGGCCGUUGGAGGCAUGAACGUGGCGCGAAUCAACAUGUGCCACGGCACGAGGGAGUGGCACAAGGAGGUUAUCGACCGCGUCCGGCGGCUCAACCACGAGAAAGGCUUCGCUGUCGCCAUCAUGAUGGACACCGAAGGCAGCGAGAUUCACAUGGGUGAUCUCGGUGGCGCCUCCUCUGCCAAAGCCGAUGACGGUGAGAUCUGGACCUUCAGUGUUAGAGCCUUCGAUUCAACUCGCCCCCAACACACCAUCAAUGUCAAUUAUGAAGGCUUUGCCGAAGAUGUGAAAGUAGGGGAUGAACUUUUGGUGGAUGGAGGAAUGGUUAGGUUUGAAGUGAUUCAAAAAAUAGGUCCAGAUGUUAAAUGCCGUUGCACUGAUCCUGGCUUGUUGCUGCCGAGGGCCAAUCUCACAUUCUGGAGGAAUGGCAGUUUAGUGCGAGAGAGGAAUGCCAUGCUCCCUACUAUUUCUUCCAAGGAUUGGUUAGACAUUGAUUUUGGUAUUGCCGAGGGUGUUGAUUUUAUUGCUAUUUCAUUUGUCAAGUCUGCUGAAGUUAUUACUCAUCUUAAAAGCUAUAUUGCCGCACGGUCUCGUGAUAGUGAUAUUUCUGUUAUUGCAAAGAUAGAAAGUAUUGACUCAUUGAAGAACUUAGAAGAGAUUAUUCAAGCGGCAGACGGAGCUAUGGUGGCACGAGGAGACUUGGGAGCUCAAAUACCUUUAGAACAGGUUCCAUCUGCCCAACAAAGGAUUGUUCAACUGUGUAGGCAAUUGAAUAGGCCUGUUAUUGUUGCCUCUCAAUUACUUGAAUCCAUGAUUGAGUAUCCUACACCUACAAGAGCUGAAGUUGCAGAUGUUUCUGAAGCUGUUAGGCAACAAGCUGAUGCUUUGAUGCUUUCUGGUGAAUCCGCCAUGGGCCAGUACCCUGAGAAGGCCUUAACUGUUUUAAGGAACGUCAGUUUGAGAAUUGAGAGGUGGUGGAGGGAAGAGAAACGGUAUGAAGCCAUGUUGCUCCCAUCUGUUGGGUCUUAUUUUUCAGAAAAAAUAUCAGAAGAAAUCUGCAAUUCGGCUGCUAAGAUGGCUAAUAAUUUAGAGGUGGAUGCACUUUUUGUGUACACGAAGACAGGGUACAUGGCAUCGCUAUUGUCACGAUGCCGGCCUGACUGCCCAAUCUUUGCUUUUACUACCACGUCAUCAGUGCGGAGGCGUCUGAAUCUCCAGUGGGGCUUGAUACCUUUCCGUCUGAGCUUCUCAGAUGAUAUGGAAAGUAAUCUCAAUAGAACCUUUGCAUUACUCAAGGCCAGAAAUCUCAUCAAAACAGGGGACCUUGUCAUUGCAGUCUCUGAUAUGUUGCAGUCAAUACAAGUGAUGAAUGUUCCUUGA